UUGACUUUCAAAAUGUGACGUUUUUCUAAAGCUUAAGAGAGCAGUCUUUUAUUCUGAAGGCUGAUGUAACCUUUCACGUCUGAAGCAAGCUUUUAUUUUGAAGGCGGGCCGGAAGCAAUGCGUGUAAAUGGCAUUGGAAAGUUCGUGUUUUCGUCAUCCAGGAGCGGCAGCUGUUAUUAUUGAACUAAGAUUUCGUUUUUCUUUCUGAGCUUUGAUGACUCGCCCCGUGGGAACACGUGACCUCCGUGAGUCGUUCCCAGUUUAAGCCGAUAUUUGAGUCUUGGUUCUGUUUUUAACUGGGAAGCGGUUCUCCAGUAAACAUGAGGACGGGUUAGAGUCUCUGCGAACUUUCGGACCGUUUUAAUUCUCAGGAUGUGAUUGUGAAAUCAGCUGUCGGCUUUAUUUGUGAACGUUUUCUGAUGAUCGGAUCUUGUCGGAGUCGGAUCCCUGAAGAAUGAGCAGAUUUCCUCUAAUCUUCCUGAUUCUUCAGCUCCCUUCAGCUGUCGCGUCCCUUCCGGCACCGGUCAACCUAAGGAUUGAGUCUCUGAACUUCAAGCAUGUCCUGCACUGGGAUCCGGGACCUGGCAGCCCUCCUGGGACACAGUUCUGGAUAUAUAAGAACAGAAAGGUKUCUCAAAAACCAGUAAACUCAACAUCCUGCAAUUUGAAACUGAAACCCGAGAAGAAGCACGAACUGGCUGUCGAGGCUUCCUACAACAACACAAAGUCUCCUCGCUCUACAAUCACCUUUCAGCCCUUAACAGAAAGUAAGUCAACAUCUACAYAUGAACUCUGAGCCUCAUAAAGGUUCUAAUAUUCCUCUAUGCUAAAAUAUGUAAAAUAUGUAAGGAUGGCCCAGGUC